AUGGAUGCCCUCAAGGGAAUAAAAGUGAUUGAACUCGAGGGGUUGGCUCCAGUCCCUUUUUGUGGCCAGAUCUUGGCCGACUUCGGCGCCGAUGUCACCGCGAUUAAGGUAGCUGAACGACAACUUUAACCCUCUAUAACCUUUUAGAAAAAAAAGUCUGGAAGUUUAAAAGCUAAAUUCUCUCGAAACAAACGGAGCAUCUCGUUAGAUUAUAAGGAUGACAUCCACCAUAUCAGAGACCUUGUCGACCGGGCCGAUGUCCUCCUUGACCCAUAUAAACCGGGAGUUCUGGAGGCGAUUGGAUUAGCUCCAUUAGAACUGUGGAAAACCAACCCCGGUUUAAUUGUCGCGAGAAUAACUGGGUAUGGGCAGACCGGUUCCAUGGCCAAGAAGGGCGGCCACGAUCUGAAUUAUGUCUCCUUAUCAGGAAUUCUGCCUUUUAUCAGUGGGAAGAACGAGAGGCCAUGGCCCCCAGCGAACGUUUUGGCAGACUUCGCCGGAGGUGGUCUUAAUGGAGCAUUCGGAAUCCUGGCGGCUAUUAUCAAAAGAAAUAGAACUGGGGAAGGAGCAGUCGUAGAUGUCAGCAUGACUGAAGGAGUUUCAUAUCUCGGAGCUAUGUUAUUCGAAUACCAAGGCAACGAAGUCAUGUGGAACAAGGACUUCGGACUAUUCAGGGGAGACUGUCCCAUUUACAGGUAACGCUCACUCCAGAAGACUCUAAUUUUUAGAACGUAUCAAACAAAAGAUGACAAAUUUAUGGCUGUUGGAGCACUGGAACCCAAAUUUCAUCAAGCCGUCUUUAAAAGUAAUUCUUUUAAAUUCUUUUUGCAAUAACAAUCUUAUUGUUAGCUCUCGACGUGGACCCCAAUCUCAUAGAUAAUCCAACAGAACUCACAAAUGUCCUAGAGGCCAAAUUCAAGUCAAAAACGCGAAACGAAUGGGCCAGUAUUUUUGAGAGUGAGUUAAAAAUCAUUUACUCUUUUACGCAUAACGCCGCAUUAAUUCUAUAGCUAAUAAAAGCGAGUAUUUUUCAGAGGUAGACGCAUGUGUAACACCCGUUCUGGACCUCGAAGAAGUGAAGGAUUCGGAAUUACACAAAUCCCGAAACAACUUCAGACCGGAUGAAUCCCUUUCUCAACCAUCUCCACGCAUUUAUUCAUCGCAAGAACUGAAGAAACUGCCGGCCAAACUUUAG